ACUGCACACAGCGACCGGAGCUCACAGCUUCAGUGGACAGCUCCGUGGUGCUGACAUCUCAGAACGACCACUCACUCACCCACUCUCUCUUAAGCCGCGAGACAUGACUGGAACCAUGGACGGAUUCUCGUGGAAACUUUUUCUACUUUCUUGCCUGGUUGUUGUGGAGAGCUCUGCGCAAGACUUCGGACAGACACAGUUUAUUUGCACGUCGGUGCCCAAGGAUAUGGACUUGUGCGCGGCCACGAUGCAGAACAGCGGUCCGGCGGAGGACCUGAAGACUACGGUCAUGCAGCUGCGGGAGACCGUGCUACAGCAAAAAGAGACAAUUAUGAACCAAAAGGAGACAAUCAGGGAACUAACGUCCAAGUUGAGCCGCUGCGAGAGCCAGAGCCUCCCGGCGGCGGGACCCGGUGGGAGACGGCCAGGGUCGAAGAACACGAUGGGGGAUGUAUCCCGGGGCACCACGGACACUCUGACCCAGCUGGGACAUACUUUACAGACGUUGAAACAGAGACUGGAGAAUCUCGAGCAGUACAGCCGAGGGAACAACACCGUGCAAGCGAACAGUCUGAAAGAUCUGCUCCAAAACAAGAUAGACGACAUGGAGAAGCAGGUUUUGUCCCGGGUCAACACGAUAGAGGAGACCAAACCCGGCGCCAGGAAUGACACCGAUCAGCGGAACAGAGUGGAGUCCACGCUCACCACUCUGCACCAUCGGAUCACAGACCUGGAGAAAGGUAAAGACAGCAGGCCGACAGAUACGUUUCAGCUCACCUUUCCCCUGAGAACCAACUACAUGUACGCCAAAGCCAAGAAGAGCCUUCCUGAGAUGUACUCCUUCAGCGUGUGUCUGUGGAUCAAGUCCAACGCCUCGCCUGGCGUGGGGACAUCCUUCUCCUACGCUGUCCCGGGUCAGGCCAACGAGCUGGUGCUGAUCGAGUGGGGGACCAACCCUAUGGAGAUCCUUAUCAAUGACAAGGUUGCAAAGCUGCCGUUCCUCAUCAAUGAUGGGAAAUGGCAUCACCUCUGCAUCACGUGGACCACCCGUGACGGGAUGUGGGAAGCCUUCCAGGAUGGAGUGAUGCGGGGGAGCGGAGAAAAUCUGGCACCGUACCAUCCCAUCAAACCAGAGGGAGUGCUGGUCCUGGGACAAGAGCAGGACACGUUGGGAGGAGGCUUUGAUGCGACACAAGCUUUCGUCGGUGAACUAGCAAACUUGAACAUCUGGAAUAGGAAACUUUCUGUCACAGAGAUCUACAACUUGGCGACCUGCAACAGCAAACCGUCGGCUGGCAACGUCUUCUCCUGGACAGAGAGCAACAUCGAAAUAUUUGGCGGAGCGACCAAAUGGACCUUCGAGCCUUGCCGUUCGCUCAACUGAACUGCAAUUUCACCGUCCAAGAAAGUCCACUCUGUGUUUCUGAGCUUUUGUCGUUCAUGUCUUCAUUUGACGUUUGUUAGAGACUAUUUGAGUUGUUGGUAAGCUUAAAUCUGGGAUUUCUAUCGUUCUUAGAUAUAUUAUGUGCAAAACAACACUUUUCAUCUUGAGGAAAAAAAACAGAAUUCAUCAUGUAAACCUCAGAGAGAAAGUAGUGGUAUUUGUUUCGGUAUCUGUUUCUAAUUUUUUUUCUUGGACGUUCAGUUGAAAGCACACCUAAGCUUUUCGUUUGGCUUAUUUCGACUUGGACUGGCAGCUGGCAAUCUGCGCCUUACGUUUGGACAAUUCACAAUCCAAGAGAGGAAUUACAUAACCGCUCCCACCCCCUUCCCUCUGGAAAGUGGGAGAUUACGCUGUCCAUCCAAUUCUUAUCAGUGUUUGGCGGUGUGAAGUGAUGUCUGGCGCAGUACUGCUCCCUGCGACCCCCCCCCCCCCCUACCUCUCCUUCAUUCUGCCCUGCCCCUCCGGAACUUGCACUGUGACUGACUAAGAGAUUGCCAAGAGAGGAGGGUAUGUUGAAGGACAUUGCAAAGUCAGGCUUUGGUACAAGUCAAUUUGUAAUUGUUGUUUAGCUUCAAGUGUAAGAAUGUCGUUAACUUGCCAACAUUGCUACAAAGCCUGGGUGCCUUGGGCUGGUACAAAUAUUCAGCACAUUCAAUAUGUUUUAAGUUGCAAAUUCAAUGUUUACUGGUUUAUGUUAUCCUUUCUGAGCUGGGUUUAGUUUCUUGUUUCUUGGUAAAUGUUAUUUAAUUACAGUUUGUUAUCUGACAUGACGUGUUUCGGCAGGUGUUUGUACUACUCUGUAUUAGGAAUGUUACAGUAUGUGUAUAGUAACAGCAUGAAUGACAGAGUGCUGUGAAAGCAUUGUUGAAAUCUGCUUUACUAUCUUCUCUGGGUCUGGGUUUUUUACUGUAUUGUUAUAUGCUCCAAGCAUGGCAAAACUGAGAGAUCAAAAAUUUAAUUUUUGUAAUAAAAUUGUGAUACUUAAUGUCACAGUGCAUUCCUGGCUUUGGUUAUGUGUAUCGAAACAUGUGAAGCUGUGAGAGCACUGGGAAAGGUGAUGCAGAGCGAGCGGGUGCUGGAGAUCAGAUAGUACAUUUUUACCAUGGUCAAAGAGUAAAGACAGAAAGCUAACUGCCAGAUAAGUGAAAUAUCCAAAGGCAGUGAAGGUCACAAAGAGGGCGCUCGAGAAAAGAGAUGAAACUGUGUGGGUCUCUGUGUGUUUGUGUGCUCUGACUCUUUUUAAGCUGACUGCAGAAGAUAACCCACUCCCUGCUUUGUUGUUGCUGCUGUGAGAUGCAGUGCCGUGCACUAAAGACAGCGAGGUUGUCAAAGGGGAAAAGUGCUUCGUCAUAUCAGCCUUUCAAUGGCUCAGUUCAACGGAGAGCAGCCUAAACUAAAACUACAGCAAUUCGAGCUCAGCUGAGGUUCAGCUCAGUUGACCUGUUGCUGGAGCACCAAACAUUAGCAUUGAAGAGAUGGGGCUGUUCCUGCAUCUAAAUGAGACACUUAAUCCCUUACACUCAAGCGUCAAGUGGUGAAAGAAAAAUAAAUCAGAACAACACGAUUUGUUCUGCUGCUAUUAGAACGCCUUUCUUUCCUCACCAUGAGACACUUUAGAAAAGCUCCUCACAGUGUGCAGCUGUUAUCUUUGUUUUUCAACUCAUAUUUUCUUUAUCAAGAAAACCUCUAAGUCAUGUUGUGCCGAAUAAUUUCUGCUCAUAAACACCACAUUUCUUUUGAAUAAAUUUAUUGACCUUUGACUGAAAUAUUACUGGGGAAAGAUGAAGUUGUAGGUCUUCGCAGGUUUGACUUAUGCCUGAAUUAGUUUAGUUAGCUUUCUGCGGGAGUGUUUACAUACAAACGGACAAUUCAUUUGCAUACAGCGCAUCAACAUAAAACUACAACAGCUGUCAACUUUUACACUUCAAUAAUUCAAUAAUACUCAAAUUUAACUGAGCUUCAACUGCUCAAACUGCUCUUUAGAAACCUCACAGUGGACUUUGUUUGGCUCAGGAGGAAUUGCAUUCUUAAUACUUUAAACAAUAAUUCAACUGCUUUGAGAACUUCUUCUUCAACUGACUUCCUAAGCUACUUUCAGCAUCAACAUGUCAACUGACACUUCAACUGAUUUUUAUUUUUCAACUGUCUGGUGUCAGUGCUUAAUGGAUAGACUACUUUGAUUGUUUAGAGUACAUACAUUUCAACUGCAAUUUUGAUUGCUUUAAAUUGCUUUCAUUGUUGUUCAUCCGACAUGUUAGCAACUCUCAUAGCUUACUCUUUCAUGUGUAGUUCAACCGCUUUCAAUGUUCAGAUACAACACUGAAAAUUCAACCGACUACCGGGCUUCAAUUUAAAACUAAAAUUUCAACUGCUUUCAACUCUUCCCAUUCCAACAGACACUAUCAACUUUUUCCGUACCUCAAAUUCAUCUGACACUUCAACUUAUAUAAUUACCUCAACUUAAAGGGGAUUCUGAGCCAGGAUUGCAUCCACAUGGCUCUCAACAUGGAGAUGGCUGAGCCGGCGGUGCUAACAGCGACAGCCGUACUGACAGAGCUAACAGUGUUCCCCUGAGGGAGAACCAGAGGGUGUGGGCUUUGCGCUAGUGCAGUGGUGGCGAUUAGGAAGGCAGUGGGACACACACACAGGGAUUCACAUGCACUAACAUGGACGUACAGCCACACCGGCUUACACACAUAGCACAGAGAAGCUGAGAUAACACACAGAUGGAGAGUGCCUUCUUUCUCUGCUCAGGUAUACAUUACUCCACUAUAUCUUUACAUAGAAAAUAGUUGUUUGCUGCUAUAUUAAUGCUCUGAAUAUCUUAUGUAGUUCAUUUACACUGCAACUCCCAUACAACAUCUUACAUGCAAACUUUUAUCGUUUACUCAUUUUUAAAGAAAUUUCAAUUUGUUUCCCUUGUUUGCACCUGCGAUAUUCAGCAGCAAGUUUAGCUUCACACUGUUUUAUGGAAUGAAAUUCCACUCCUUAAUGUGGUUAGCUCAUGAAUACAUUCAUUGAGCCG